CUAUAAAAUAGAGUAACCGCUAACGUAAUGCAGCAUUCUUUGCUCGUUCUUUGCUUGUGACGCAUCACGUCACACGCUUCCUCACAGCAUAACACGCCCCCAUCGCUAUCCAUUCACAUUGUAGUAUUCAUUCAUUCUAUUUAUAAGUUGAUAAUAAUCAAAUACAAUGGCUUAUUUACAAUCGAUGCCUAAAUCUGAAACUAUCAGGCUCCGGGAGAAACAUGUCGGAGCUGCAUGCCAGCUGUUCUUCCGUUCAUCCCCCCUGAAAAUCGUCAGGGGUGUCGCUCAGUUUAUGUAUGACGAAACGGGCGAGAGGUAUUUGGACUGCAUCAAUAAUGUGGCUCACGUUGGCCACUGUCAUCCACAUGUCGUGGAAGCUGGCAGAAAUCAAAUGUCUCUUAUAUCAACCAACAAUCGUUAUCUACAUGAUGAACUGGUCAUCCUCGCCGAGAGACUCGUGAAGACAUUACCUGAACCACUGUCAGUUUGUUUCUUCGUCAACUCCGGAUCGGAGGCCAAUGACCUAGCAUUAAGAUUGGCUAGGAUUUACACUAAGAACAAAGAUGUUGUAACUUUGGAUCACGCUUAUCAUGGUCACCUUACGUCUAUGAUCGAUGUCUCUCCCUACAAACUGAACCUACCCGGAGGCCCCGAGAAGCCAGAGUGGGUUCAUGUGGCGCCAGUUCCUGAUGUAUACAGAGGAAAAUACACAUAUCCGAAUGACUCUCAAUCUGAAGGGGAGCUAGCAGAAAUGUACGCGGUUGAAGUUGACAAGAUAUGCAAAGAGAUCGUUAAGAAAAAUGGCGGCGUAUGCGCCUUUAUAGCGGAAAGCUUGCAGAGCUGCGGUGGACAAAUCAUACCUCCUGAUGGAUACAUGAAACGCGUAUAUGAGCAUGUUCGAGAGGCGUCAGGUGUUUGUAUUGCUGAUGAAGUCCAAGUGGGCUUCGGGCGUGUUGGGACCCACAUGUGGGCUUUCGAGACCCAAGAUGUGGUACCUGACAUAGUGACUAUAGGCAAACCAAUGGGCAACGGUCACCCUGUCGCUGCUGUUAUCACAACACCAGAAAUCGCAAAGAGUUUUGCUGAUACUGGUGUGGAAUAUUUCAAUACGUACGGCGGUAAUCCAGUGUCGUGCGCCAUUGCGAACGCAGUCCUUGAUGUCAUAGAAGAAGAGCGACUGUUGGAACGAGCAACUCGUGUUGGUAGCCAUUUGUUGGCCCGCUGCAAUGAUCUCAAACUUAAGCAUAGACUGAUCGGCGACGUGCGGGGGAGAGGACUAUUUGUCGGUGUAGAACUAGUUACAGACAGGGAGACUAGAACACCAGCCACGGCUGAGGCUAAACAUAUUAUUAACAGGAUGCGAGAAGAAAAGAUCCUGAUUAGCCGCGAUGGGCCUGACAGUAAUGUGCUGAAGUUUAAACCACCAAUGGUGUUUACUACCCAAGAUGCUGACCGUCUUGUCGAUACAUUGGACAGAGUGCUGGCUGAAUUGGAUGGCAAUAGAGCGCCUGUUACGAAUCUUAAACUCGAGGUAUUAGUCACGCCUAUCAGCAAAGAUAUGACACAGAGUGAUGCAAUCGUAAAUAAAAAUAUACAGAGCAUCAAGAGUUCAUGACUUUACCACACCCAAUAAGUAUUAUCAACACUGUAAAUAUAGAUGUAUAUAUUUUUGUAAAUAUUGCUCUAAUAUUAAGAUUAAAAUAUAUGUUUAGAAUAAAAUUCAAUACAAAUAUAUUAAUAAUAUAUUAAAAACAAAAUAUGACAAUAUUUAGUUUAUUUUAUUGAAAUAAAUAAUUGUUAUGUGAAAUGUAUUGAUUAUACUUGUAGCUUUUAAUAAACUAUUGAUUUCUGUUAGCAUUUUUAGGCUAUUUCCUUACUUGAUUAAAGUAACGAAAUUACGUUAAAUGUAAACUUAGUUAAAUGCUAAUGAACUGUGGUACUUUAUUUACAGACUGUACUAACUAUUUUGUCUAUGGAAGUAUAUAGAAAUUCAUAAAAAAAUAUAUUACACUUUAACAUUGUAUGUAACUAACAUCACCUGUUUUUGAGAUUAAAAAAACAAAAGUUCCUUUUAAUCAAUUUAUUAUUUAUUUGUGAUAGCAAGUACAAACUUAUCUAAUACUUAUAAGAUUUAAGGUUAAUUAAGCACAAUUAAUUGUCAAUGUUUUAUCAAAUGUUCACAUUUUAUAUGUAAACAAUUCAUUUAUAAAAUUAAAAACUAAUAACCAA